AUGUCGAACAGAACAAUGAUACGGCAAGUACUGUUGUUUAUCUCGGUCCUCUCUCUCAGUUCAGUGAACGGGCAGGUCAGUUACUCCAUUCCUGAGGAAAUGGCGAAAGGCUCUUUAGUCGGUAACAUAGCGCAGGAUUUGGGUUUGGAUAUAAAACGACUGAAAUCAGGUAAAGCUCAUAUUUAUACUGGAGACAGCGCAGAAUACAUCGAGCUGAAUAAAGAAAGGGGAGUGCUCUUUAUCAAGGAAAGAAUAGACCGUGAAGCGUUGUGUGGAGAGACGACGCCAUGCGCUUUACACCAUCAAAUUAUACUUGAAAACCCAUUGGAAUUUUACAGCAUAACGAUUGAGAUCACAGACAUCAAUGAUAAUUCACCGGGUUUCAAAAAGAAUGAAAUGAAAUUCGAAAUAAGUGAGUCAUCACAGCCAGGAGCUAGGUUCGUUUUGGAUAGAGCAGUUGAUAAUGACGUUGGUGUGAAUGACCUGCAGAGCUACACCCUAAAACCAACCGAUAAUUUCAUAUUAAAAUCACACAUUUUACCUGACGGGAGUAAAAAUGUGGAAAUGGUUUUGCAGACGCCUCUAGACCGAGAGAAACAGGAGCAGAUAUCGCUGAUUUUAACAGCAGUAGAUGGAGGAGAGCCUCAGCUAUCAGGAACAAUGCGGAUAAUCAUCACUGUACUAGACGCCAAUGAUAAUGCACCUGUCUGUUCCCAAGCCGUUUACAAGGCUAGUGUAACAGAGAACGCGCCUAAAGGCACCAUUCUAGCUACAGUAAGCGCGACUGAUGCUGAUCAAGAUUCAUACGGAAAAGUGACAUAUUCCAUAUCAAACAUCGUCGAAGGCGGUGCUGAAUUAUUUGAAGUUGAUAAUGAUGACGGUGUAGUGAGUCUAUUAGGAAAUAUUGAUUACGAAAGAAUGAAAAAAUAUCAAAUUGACAUUCAAGCUAGAGACGCGGGAGGACUCAUAGAUUCUUGCAAAGUAAUCGUCGAUGUUUCUGAUUUAAAUGAUAACAAACCAAUCAUUAAUAUAAUGUCUAAGACAAAUGCAAUAUUAGAAGAUUCUGUGUCUGGCACAGUUGUAACAAUUAUCAAUGUUCAAGACUCAGACUCGGGUGAUAAUGGUAAAGUAGAGUGCUCCAUAAAUGAAAACAUUCCAUUUACUAUUAAAUCUACAUCAAAUGGUUUUUACAGUCUAGUAACUGACAGUGACUUGGACCGAGAGAGAGACUCUGAGUAUAACAUCAGUGUGACGUGCUCUGAUGAGGGCGUGCCCUCGCUCUCCAGCAGCGUCACUCUCACCUUACAGAUAUCAGAUGUGAAUGACAACGCGCCUGUCUUUGAGAGGAGCUCAUAUGAGGCCUACAUUAUAGAGAAUAACACACCGGGCCUCUCUAUAUUCACAGUGAAAGCCAGAGACGAUGACUGGAACCAGAAUGCCCGUGUUUCUUACGUACUGGAGGACUCCUCGGUUAACGGAGUGCCCGUCUCCUCAUAUGUGUCCGUUAGUGCUGAUAGUGGAGUCAUCCAUGCAGUGCGCUCUUUUGACUACGAGCAGAUCAAGGAUUUCCAGUUCCGCGUAAAAGCGCAGGAUGGAGGCUCCCCUCCACUCAGUAGCAAUGUGACUGUGAAAAUAAUGAUCCAGGACCAGAACGACAACGCGCCUCAGGUUCUGUACCCAGUCCAGACGAGCAGCUCUCUGGUGGCUGAAAUGGUGCCCCGUUCAGCAGAUGUUGGCUAUCUUGUUACUAAAGUUGUGGCUGUUGAUGUGGACUCUGGACAGAAUGCCUGGCUCUCGUAUAAACUGCAGAAAACGACAGACAGAGCGCUGUUUGAAGUGGGCUUACAGAAUGGAGAAAUAAGAACUAUACGCCAAGUCAAUGAUAAAGAUGCUGUGAAACAAAGGCUCACUGUUGUAGUGGAGGACAACGGGCAGCCCUCUCGUUCAGCUACAGUCAAUGUUAACGUGGCGGUGGCGGACAGCUUCCCUGAAGUGCUCUCGGAGUUCACUGACUUUACGCACGACAAGGAGUACAAUGACAACCUGACUUUUUACUUAGUCUUGGCUUUGGCUGUAGUCUCAUUUCUGUUCAUCACGUGUUUAGUGGUUAUUAUAUCAGUGAAAAUAUACAGAUGGAGACAGUCUCGCAUCCUCUAUCAUUCCAACCUCCCGGUUAUUCCGUAUUAUCCACCGCGUUACGCAGACACUUUGGGGACAGGAACUCUACAGCACGUGUACAAUUACGAGGUGUGCAGGACGACUGACUCCAGAAAGAGUGACUGUCAGUUCGCCAGACCCUGUAGUCAGAACGUACUGAUAAUGGACCCCAGUUCUACAGGGACGAUACAGCGGAUACAGAACGAAAAGAACAUCCUGGAUGAACCAGACUCCCCACUAGAGGUCUGUUAUAUUUGA